AUGGACAACUCCCUCCUGCUAGGACUCUCCAUCCUCCUCUGCUGCUUUAGAGACCCUCUCUCACUUCGACUUCCCUAUUCUCUGGCCCAAAUUAUAGAAAUUAUUCAGUGUAGGAUGUGCCACCUCCAGUUUCCAGGUGAGAAGUGUUCCAGAGGCAGAGGAAUAUGUACUGCAACAAUGGAAGAGGCUUGCACAACUGGGAGGAUUUUCAGAAAUGAUGGUACACCCUGGUUAACCUUUAGGGGCUGCCUAAAGAACUGUGCUAAUGUGAACAAUAUAAAAUGGAGUGUCUAUCUGGUGAACUUCAGGUGCUGCAGGAGCUGUGACUUGUGCAAUGAAGACCUCUAGAAAUGACUGGUCCUUUUCUGGCUCCAGUCUCUGGGUGGGUGACAUUGUUGGUGCCACCUCUUCACAAUGAUUUUCUAAAAGAGCACAUUUCAGAUUGCAAACAUAUGGCUCUGCCUUCUGCAUAUG